CUAUCAUCAUCCUUCGAGCCAGUUUUUUUGUUCUCGUGCUCGUUCGAUAGUGUCUACUAAGUCCGACGUCUGUCCGUGCGUCUUCGAAGAUCGUGCCGGUAACAUGGUGAAAAGCAUUCAGCUUUUGCCGCUGAUUGCCAGCGUGGCAGCCGCGCUUGCGCUCGGAAGGAACAUCCCGGGCUCUUUCAUCGUCGAAUUUGAGGCUGAACAGGACCUGUUGUCCUACCACAGUGAGGUGGAUCCGAUCGCCGACACCGUCAGAACGUUUAACUGUAGUGUGUUUAAGGGUGCUACUAUUCAAUUCCGGGACGAUAAGACGGCCGCUCAAGCGGCAGUUCAGUUGAAGACACUGGACUCUGUGAAAAACAUUUGGCCAAAUAGGCUGUACGCGCGGCCCGACUUCAAGCUCGACUCGACUGCUGCGUCAGUGGGAUCCAUGCGAAAGGUCAAACGACAGAGAACUAACAACACGUAUUCACCACAUGUUCAAACUCAGGUCGAUAGGCUGCACGCUGAAGGGAUCACCGGACGAGACGUAAAGAUCGCUAUCAUCGACUCUGGUAUUGAUUACCUUCAUCCUGCUCUGGGAGGCUGUCUCGGUUUAGGAUGCCUGGUCGUGGAGGGCUAUGACCUGGUGGGAGAUAAUUACACUGGAAGGAACACGCCUGUCCCGGACGAUGACCCCAUGGACUGCAGUGGACAUGGCACGCACGUUGCUGGUAUUGUUGCUGCUCAGCCCAAUGAGUACGGAUUCACUGGUGCUGCUCCGGGAGCAAAACUAUCUGCAUACCGUGUUUUUGGAUGUGAUGGAGGCGCCGACACAAGUGUUAUAAUUGAUGCGUAUAUGCGCGCAUUCGAAGAUGGCGCCAACAUCAUUACUGCUUCUCUCGGAUCAAGAGGAGGCUGGGACGAGGACGCCUGGUCAACGUUGCUAUCACGAAUCACCAAAGCUGGCGUUCCAUGUCCAACUUCUGCUGGUAAUGAUGGCGAUACAGGCCUUUUCUCUUCCUCGGUAGACUCAACUGCCAUUGCCUCAUAUGUCAACACAGAGUUUCCUGCCUUUGUCUCCUCAGCCAGACUCACCUCCAAUGGCACAUCUUCGUCAAACAUCACCUAUAUUCCUGGACAACCUCAGGCUUGGGCCGGCGUAAAGCUUCCUUUGUGGGCAUUAUCAUUUGACACGACCGUAAGCGACCAAGGCUGCAACCCAUUUCCGGACAACACCCCAGACCUAUCCGAAAAGAUUGUGCUGAUUCGGCGCGGCGGCUGCACCUUUGCUGUGAAGGCCGAGAAUGCCGCUGCUAAAGGUGCUCGCUAUGUGUUGAUAUACAAUAACGCCAGCGUUGGUGCAUUCUCGUUGGAAUUAAGUACAGACGACAUCCUGGGUGUCGGCAUGCUGUUUGCGGAAACAGGCAUCAAUCUUAUCAACGCCUUGGCCGUCGGCUCUGAGCUUGUCCUAGAAUUAGGGGACCCCAAAGCUCUUCAGUUGAUUGUCCAGCAAGACACGAUUGCGGGCGGAUAUGUGAGCGAUUUCACGAGUUGGUCUCCCACCUGGGAAGCGGGAAUAAAACCACAGUUCGGUGCCCCUGGCGAGAACAUUCUUUCAACUCUCCCACUCUCACAGGGCGGCUACGGCAUAGCGUCUGGCACGUCAAUGUCGUGCCCGCUCGUUGCUGGUGUAUAUGCGCUAGUUUCCAAUGUUCGGGGGACUCUGGAUCCCGAAAUUUUGGACAGGAUCUUUUCCGCAACUGCAAAUCCAAACCUCCUGUACGACGGGUCAGCGGUCUUCCCUUGGCUUGCACCCGUAGCCCAACAGGGAUCAGGUAUGAUCCAAGCCUGGGACGCUGCACAUGUCACCACUAUCAUCAGUCGCUCAAACAUUGCCUUCAAUGACACGGAUUACCUAGUUGAUACUACCAACUUUACCAUUCUCAACACUGGAAGUGAGUCAGUCACUUACGAUAUCGGUACUGUCGGUGCCGCCACGGCCUAUACUUUUUCGAAUAGCACGAUCGUCGAUCCUUUCCCCGGCAUGGGAUUAGAUGGUGCAUUCGCCCAAGUGCUGCUGAGCGAAUCCAAGGUCACUGUUCCCUCAACUGGUAAGGCUGUCAUUAGUGUGACAGUGAUACCCCCUGCUCUGGAGGCCCGCCGUCUUCCUGUCUACUCCGGCUAUAUCACGCUCAAUGCCACCAACGGAGAAAGCUUAUCUCUUCCCUACCAGGGAAUUGUCGGCAGCCUCAACAGCCAGGAUGUACUGGGUAGCUGGGAGCUCUUUGCCAACGACACGUCUGAAGUGCCCAUUACCACCGACGGCACGUCGUUCAUUGUACCCCUGCUUAGCAACGGCAGCUCUAACGCAACGUACGAAGAAACAGGUCCGCGGAUCGUGGUCACUUUUAAAUUUGGCAGUCCCUACAUGCGUGUGGAGGCUAUCAGCAUGGAUGGCAGCAAUUCCAGCGCCGUCGUCGGUGACAUUUUCGACUCCCCUUCGGACUGGAUGGCGCGAGACGAGUAUUGGUAUCCUAUCAAUGGAAGGCUGGCCAAUGAGUCAUUUCUUGCGCCUGGUAGAUACAAGCUGCGUGCUCGUGCGCUGCACGUUUACGGCGAUCGACUUAGCACCGACGAGAAGCAGUGGGAUGAAGCUGAGUCACCAGUAUUUAGCAUUAGCUAUACAUAGGAGCGGCCGCCUAGGAAGGAUGGUUACUACGGUGUCAGGCAUAAGUAGUGUAGGUGCGGAAAGACGACCAGAGGGCAAAAUCUGGAUACCUAAGAGUCAUUAAUGGGUACCUGCACCAAUAGAUAUAACGUAGUUCACAA